AUGAAUGGUUCAGAAGAGAAAGCCGUCAAAAGUGAGCGCAAAGUGAUGGACGAGUGGUCCACCAAAUCGGUGUACGACAAGCCAUUCAUCAGCGUCUAUGAGAUGGACAUUAAGACCGCCGAACAGUUGAUGGAAGCGUCCAAUCCUAUGGAUACGAGUGCUCUGCAGAAGCUGUCGAAGUAUCAGAGGAAACGCUUCUACACAAUGAGGGUUCAGAAUAUACAGAACCACCAAAAUGAAGGUCCCAUUCCUCCGGAGUCGCCGCCAGAGCCGGCGCCCACUCGAGACCCGACGUCGCGGUACUUUUGGUCUCACUUUCGGCCAAAUCUGACGAUAAGUUUCUGGUCGGAAGACAACUCGCGCAGCGUUUCCAUCAAACCAGAGAUCAAACCUGAGAUCAAAUUGGAGACCAAACCAGAGAUUAAAUCGGAGACAAAUGGCGGCCGUGCCAGAGGUGGCGAAGGGCUGACUCGCGAUCGCAUUUAUAAGAGUUUGCAUUCAGUGGAGGAAUACGUGGAUUACCACAAACUCAUACAAAAGGAGGCAAACAUGAGGGGAGAGAAUAAUGAUUCAGCGAUCACUCGAUGUCUUAGAAACACUGAACUCACGCCCGAAGACAGGAAUGAGAUCCAAGUCUUAUGCGAGAAGCCGUUACGCAAACCCACGACCAGACCAUUUGAGGCUAAACUCAGACCGGUGAUUGUGGUGACCGACACACCAGUGAUGGCAAAGUGUGUCAAACUGAUGGUCUGGAACAGAGAGCCCGAAACGGUUGCGCUCAUCAAAGGCCUCAUGGGAUCAGUCGUGGAGAUCGUGCAGACGGAUGGCAAUCGUGUGGUGACACACCAGUGA